GAACCGUCUAUAUAAGAGAGCUACACGACGUCGUCUCGCGAACAAAACACUUGGUUCCGUGUUCACGAAACAUACGAUAAUUAUUAUUAUCACCAUAAACAAGUUAAUAACACGCAAAACGAAUACAUCAUGAAAUCUUUAACGUUAAUCCUGUUAGUAGGUCUGACCGUCGUGUUGGUGUCAGUAAAUGGAAGUCCGGCCGGCGACAAGAAAAUAGGUACCAGCCACAAACUGAAGACCACCAGCACAACGACAACGAUUUCGCCGGCCCGUAAAUGCAAGUCCGAGUGCCCGAACGAUUACAACCCGAUUUGCGGAUCUGACGGAGCCAAAGUGAACUUGAGCUUCGGCAACAAGUGCGUCAUGGAGAAAUACAACUGCGAGCACAACGCGAAACUAACUGUGAAAUCGGAGUCCGAAUGCCCAAACAGCAAAGGCAUCCGUCUUGCUUAAAUGAACACACGUCCUAAUCAACAGCACUAUAAAAUAUAUAAAAAAAUGUUUAUAUAUUUAUCGGAAAACAGCACGAGAAAACAUCGGCGAGAAUAAUAUACCGAUCAAAAGAGAAUUCGCAAUAUAUUUUUUUUAUCUUUUUCACAACCACCGCCCACACACGUACACCACAAAUGGGUAUUAGGUCCGCUACGCACGCACACAGAAACACAACACAUGUCUACGUUAUUUUAAUAUUAUAUUAAUCAGUUAUUUUACAAUCACCUACCUAUUGUAUUAAUAUUAUUAUUAUUAUUAUUUUUUUUUUUGUCGGACUCAUUUUAUUUAUAUAAUAAUAUCUCGAGUACACGUGAAUCGCACGUGAAUAAUAAUAAUAAUAUAUAAAAAUGUAACGAAAGCAUUUUACUACAAAAUGUCAUGUACAUGUACGAUUAUUAUAUUAAUAUAUGUAAUAAUAUUACCAUUUAAUUAAUAUUAUAACUAUCAAAAUUGUUAUUCAUUUAUAAUAAAUUGCUUUUAGAUACGA